AUGAAAUUAGUUCUCCAACGAGUCGAAGGAGCAGCAGUGAAGGUGGCAGAGACUGGAGAAGAAGUUGCAAGGAUUGGCAAGGGCCUCAUAUGUCUCCUCGGCAUUGGCAAACACGACCACAAGGCCGACGUGGACUAUGGCGUGAAGAAGUGCCUAGGAACGAGGUUGUGGGAGGAUUCAUCUGGCAAGCCUUGGCAGAAGAGUGUUGUUGAUAUGGGCUACGAAUUGCUGUUAGUUUCCAACUUCACUCUUCAGGCCCAAACGAAAAAAGGGUUCCAGCCGGAUUUCUCCGCUGCAAUGCCUCCGGAUAAAGCGCGCCCAGUGUAUGAGUCUUUUUUAGAAAGUCUUCGCAAGGGCUACGAACCAAGUAAAAUUCAGUGCGGACAAUUCCAGACUCGCAUGCGAGUAGAGAUACACAACGACGGGCCUGUCACCCUCACAGUUGACACUCAGACCCUGCAGCUUAACAGGGGACCAGCACCUACAUCGCCUACCUCCCCUCCAAACCAAAAGCAAGAUAAGGCGAAGCGAACAGACUCCGACCCCACCGUUAAUGAGGCCAAUGGGAAUUGCUGA